CUGAUCUCUCGAGCUCUUCGCCGAAGUUCGUCGUCGUUGGUGCUGGCUGAAAUAUUUGCUUCUGACGGCACCCACGCGAAGCUCCCUUCUAUAUAAUCUCCGUCCCAAAAGCAUAUUCUCCUUCCGCGUUCCUACUUCCGCAGACUGUGCGUUCCUUCAGCGUGGCAAAGACAAGUCACGGCAGUACUCUCCUUCAGCUUCUUCUCGCUUUCAAUUUAAUACCAUGAACGCCAUUAACAAGUCCCUCAACUCCUUCAAUGAAGCUGUGGGCUCCUCCACCUUCGGGCGCAUUUUUCGUCUUGAGGGCUCUGGACAUGAAAAAGAAAUAAAAAACACCAGAUUCACUACAGAGGUCCGCGCAGGGCUUACAACUUUCUUUACUAUGGCAUACAUCAUUGCCGUCAACGCCUCAAUCUUGGCAGACACAGGAGGUAACUGUGUCUGCAACGACACCACGGGCAAAGACCCGAUAUGUGCUGUAAACGAGGAGUAUUCAUCAUGCGUUCGAGACAUGAAUCGCUCUCUAAUCACUGCGACGGCCGCCAUCUCUGGUUUCAGUUCUUUUUUGUUUGGGUUUUUAACCAACAUGCCCGUGUGUCUUGCGCCGGGCAUGGGGUUGAAUGCAUACUUUGCCUAUCAAGUCGUCGGUUUUCACGGCACCGGCAUGAUCUCCUACAACCUUGCUCUCACUGCAGUCUUCGUUGAAGGGUUUAUCUUCAUCUUCUUGUCACUGAUCGGCAUGCGUCAGUGGCUAGUAAAGAUUAUUCCUUCAUCAUUGAAGAUUGCCAGCGCUUGCGGUAUCGGGUUGUUUCUUUCAGAAAUUGGCCUAAGCUACUCCGCCGGCAUAGGCGCAGUCACUGGCUCUGCCGCGACUCCCCUUGAGAUCGCCGGCUGUACAGAACAGUACAUGGACGAAAACGGGUUCUGCACGAGUCAUAAGAUGACCAACCCAAAGAUGUGGGUAGGCAUCUUCUGCGGGGGAGUUUUCACAGCCUAUCUUAUGACAUUCAAGGUCAAGAGCGCCAUGAUUGCGGGUAUUGCGUUGGUUUCUAUUAUUUCCUGGCCACGAGGAACCUCGAUCUCGUACUUUCCCCACGACCAUGCUGGCGAUGACCGCUGGGACUUUUUUAAGAGAGUUGUCAACUUCCAUCCAAUCGAUGAUACACUCAAUGUGCUGGACUGGGAUGUCGGGAAAAACCCGUCCCAUUUCAUCCUCGCUCUUUUCACUUUCCUUUAUGUCGACAUUAUUGACUGCACGGCGACGUUGUUCAGCAUGGCCCGAUUCAGUGGGGUGGUUGAUCCAGAGUCUGGAGAUUUCCCCAGAUCGACCCUUGCCUACUGCACUGAUGCGUUCUGCAUCUCCAUAGGUGCUUUGCUUGGCUGCUCCCCCGUUACGGCUUUUAUUGAGUCCGGAGCGGGUAUCGCCGAGGGUGGCAAGACUGGGUUGACAGCCAUGACCUGCGGCAUCUGCUUUUUCAUUUCUAUGUGUUUUGCACCUAUUUUUGCUUCGAUUCCACCGUGGGCUACUGGAUGCACUCUUAUCUUGGUUGGCUGUCUGAUGAUGCGCCAAAUCGUCAACGUGAACUGGCGAUACAUUGGGGAUGCUCUACCCGCAUUCGUCACGGUCAUGUUCAUUCCGUUUGGCUACAGCGCUGCCUACGGGUUGAUUGCAGGGCUCAUGACAUAUGUAUCCCUCAAUGGACUUGUGUGGGCCACGAAAUUUAUCUCUCGUGGUUACAUCGUCCCCGAUGAUGCAGACCACCAGGAGUAUUGGAGCAUCAAGCCACAUGGCCGACUUCCCUGGUUCAUCACUGCCCCUAAAGCAUUGGCCGCCCACUUCGGACACGGAGAUUCUCGAAAGGAUUCUGCAUCCAUAAAGAGUGGUGAGUCGCAGGAGCACUUCCGGGGAGAGUCCAAAGACUCGAACCAGGAACUCGACACCGUCGUCGUCGUCCCAAGAGGCGAGAAGAUGUUAAGGCAGUAAGAUGUGAGAAGAAACCACCUGAGCAAUGACCGCGAUCUUGUAAUGUAGGGUGGGAGGAUUGAUUGUGAU